UUCUCAGCAACAAACUUUUAAAAAAAAAUCUGAUGACAAAUCUGCAGCACACUGACGUUGUGUGACACUAUACGUGCACGACAUGUAUAGAUAAAGGAGAUAAUUAAGGGACUUCGUUUUGGCAACAGGAAGUCUAAUUGCUACCAAAAUGUUAGGCAGUAAAAAAAAAGGGCGAACAUUGCAAUUAAACCUAAGUAAAUAAAGAAAACAAAAGAAACUUGCACUUACCAUGCAUUCCAAUUUCGGUUAAUGCAAGUAUAAUGUACAUGGUUUUUCUAACGGGUCUCCAUGGGCACUCUUUAGGGAUGAGAGAAAUAGGGAGAUGUGAGGUAAGAAUAGAGAUUAGUGCAAAUUAGAGGGAGCUGCUCGCUAUUCAUUUCUGUCUAUCUCUCUCAUUUUCUAACUAUAGUUUGAUUUGGGAGCGUUGGAGAGGGUAGUUUGUGGUGGUGCGCCGCUGCCGGCGGAGGUGGCGGAGAGGUUUAUGGCGCGCUUUCCUCGUGUCGAAUUGCAAAUGGGAUAUGGGUCAACAGAAGCCGGAGGAAUAGCGAGAAUGAUCAACAUGGAAGAAUGCAAACAUGUGAGCUCAGUUGGAAGGCUUAGUGAGAACGUUGAAGCUAAAGUUGUGGAUGUAGUCAGUAUGAAGGCACUAUCAGUUGGCCAGCAAGGAGAACUAUGGCUCCGAGGUCCUGCUAUCAUGACAGGUUAUCUGGGUGACAUUGAAGCAAAUUCUUCCACCUUCAGCUCAGAUGGCUGCUGGUUGAGGACUGGUGACCUAUGUUAUUUUGACAGUAAUGGUUUUCUUUAUGUUGUGGAUAGACUAAAGGAGAUGAUAAAAUAUAAAGCUUACCAGGUUCCGCCAGCUGAAUUAGAGCAUUUGCUUCACUCUUUACCAGAUAUUGUUGAUGUUGCAGUAGUUCCGUAUCCACAAGAGGAUGUGGGACAAAUACCAAUGGCUUUUGUUGUGAAACAGCCUAAAAGCAACCUCAGUGAACAGCAAGUUAUUGAUUUUGUUGCAAAUCAGGUUUCUCCUUAUAAGAAGAUAAGAAAGGUUGUAUUCACUAACUCAAUACCGAAAUCAGCAUCAGGAAAAAUAUUGAGGAGAGAAUUGACAAACAUUGCUCUCUCUGGCCCAAUAUCUACCCAGUGACUCGUGCUAAUUAUUAAGAGAUUGUAUGUAUCCUAACCUUCAUCAGAUCUUUUUUUAUCUUUUUUUAUAGAGUGGUGCUUUUUGGCUC